CUGUCAGGAAUAUCUACCAAUCAGAGCUAGCCUUUCAACGGGAGAACAAAGUUCAGUUUCCAAAGUGCAUGUGGUCUUCUGCUCCGGCUCGCUGGAUGAAACGUUGAAAAGCAAUGGCACCAACUAAAAAAGUCUGCGUUGUGGGAUCAGGAAACUGGGGCUCAACAAUUGCAAAAAUUAUUGGCAAUAAUGCCUUGGAACACCCAGAGUUAUUUAACAGGGAAGUACUAAUGUGGGUGUUUGAAGAACUUAUAGAUGGUGAGAAACUAACAGAGAUCAUCAACACAAAGCAUCAAAAUGUGAAAUACUUGCCUGGCAUUGAUCUUCCUACCAACGUGAUAGCUGUUCCAGAUUUAACAGAAGCAACUAAAGAAGCAGAUAUAUUGGUGUUUGUGGUACCUCAUCAGUUUGUUCACAGACUAUGUAACCAAAUUAAACAUCUUGUUAAACCAGACUGCAUUGCAGUCACGCUUAUCAAGGGUUUUGAGGUGGCUGAAGGAGGUGGUAUUCAUCUGAUCUCAGAAGUUAUCCGUGGUGAGCUGAAAAUUCCGUGUGCUGUUCUGAUGGGAGCCAAUAUAGCCAAUGAGGUGGCUCAUGAAAACUACUGUGAGGCUACCAUCGGAUGCAAGAAUCCUGAAGUUGGUUCUUUGCUGAAGACACUAUUUCAGACAGCAUACUUUCGCAUAGUGGUAGUAGAGGAUGAAACAACUGUAGAGAUCUGUGGAGCCUUAAAAAACAUUGUGGCUGUUGGUGCUGGCUUUGCUGAUGGGCUUGGAUAUGGAGACAAUACCAAAGCAGCUGUUAUAAGACUAGGCUUGAUGGAAAUAGUCAAGUUUUGUGAAGUCUUUUAUCCAGGUGCACGUCAGGGAACAUUUUUAGAGAGUUGUGGUAUUGCUGAUCUUGUCACAACUUGCUAUGGUGGUAGAAACCGCCGUGUGGCUGAAGCCUUUGCCAAAACAGGAAAGUCUAUAGAUGUCCUUGAGGCAGAGAUGUUGAAUGGACAGCAGCUUCAAGGACCAGCAACAGCCUAUGAAGUAUAUUUCAUGCUCCAAAACAAAAAAAUGGAAGACAGGUUUCCACUAUUUACAGCCAUCUAUCGGAUAUGUAAAGGAGAGAAACCUGUAGCAGACUUCAUAGACUGUCUCAAGAGUCAUCCAGAACACAUGUAAUGUUCAUGUGAUUUGCUCUGCCUACUCUACUGUAAUCUCUAAUUUUCCUUUUCUUUCACUAUUUCUGUAUCUCAGUUUGUUUAUAUAUUUUAUUUUUGUUUUUCAAAUAUCUACAAUUCCAAAGGAUUCUCAGGAAGAUAGCACCAAUUUUUGUGGAGUAUGUUACAGAGACAUAAUGCAGAGUAUUGUGGAUUGAUCUGUCAACCGAUAUGAUUUUAAAUGUGUACUGAAGCUUUAUUCUUGAAGCAAUUUACUUUCCUCAACACCACUUUCAUUGUGAAAUACCUUUUUGAUGCCUAUUAUUUAACAUGUCACAUUAAAUAUUAUCUUUUAGCAAUCACACAUUUUAUUUAAAUAAAGAACUUAUGUACAUUUUAUGUAUCAAUAAAUUUUGAUUUCAAGGAUUAUUUGGCCAUUCUUUUAAAUUCUAGAAAAUCUUGCCUACUACAUUUAUUCUUUAAAGUUUGAUGUAUUGAGUUUUGUCUGCCAGUUAUGAUUAUUAAUGGAUGGGUGUUUGGAAUAAUUAUUAUUAUUAAAGAUUUAGACCUGUCUACUAGUCUUUGAGGUUGUGUUGCAAUUCAUCUUUCUUGAACAGCUCAGGUUGAUAAGGCUUUUGUAACAUCUCAGGCUAGGUGUGUGUGAAGAGUUAAAAUAAUGUGACUUAAGAAGACUGUAUUGAAGGACAAGCAGACAUCUUCACUAUCCCAAAAUUGCAUCAUGUUCUUGUGCCAGAAGUUGUCAUUCCAUUAGAUUAAAAGAAAAUUUGACUUCAUCCUAAAUAGAGCGGUAUAACGUUUAUUUUUUUUUAAAAUCUUUUCUAUGGUAGGAGAAUACAUUAGAACCUCCUUGUACUCUACAAUCAGUGACCAAUUAAUUCCCUAUCAUACUUGCAUCACUGUACAAUUGCCAGAAAUGGGUGCUCAUUUUAAAUUUUUGAUAAGAACAUUUUGAUUGUAGUUCCCCUAUAGAGUGAAAAGUUUAUGCACUUAUUCAGAGUAAGAUUGCUAAAGAAAUUGGUAUUCAUACAGAAAGUGUAACAUACUUGUAAUUACGAAGGUGACUGAGAGAUUGGAUUGCGCAUAUAGGUAAAAGUGCAGUUCAAUAUCUGAUACUUGACUUGAUGGCACUUAAAUAGAAAUAUUUUCUGAAAUUUUCAGUACUUUCCACAACUGUUGCGAAGUCUGUUUAUAAUUUUAUAGUUGUUGCCUGAUUCAUGAAUGUUUGUCUUUUUUUUAAUGUGACUUUUUUCCUACCUUCAUUUAGCUUGCUUUUUUUUUUUUUAAUGAUGAAAUGUGAUGCAUGCCGAGAGAAUACUUGAAACUGUAGAAAUUCUUCGAACCAAAAAAGUUUACAUUUUUGUGACACUUGACACAAUUGCUAGUCUUUUUUCAGACCUUGCAAUUUCAGGGAAUGAAAAAGUAUGUAGCCAGUGUAAAAAAAAAGUUUUAAAUUGGUUGUCUGCUAAGUAAAGAUUGUGGUCAUAUUUUCAACAGUUUAUGACUUUUAUGUUCUAUUUUUCAGAUGAUUCAAUGUUUGUAGCGUUCCAAUUUAAUAUCCUUCAGAACAUAAUCAGUCUUUAUUUUCAUGAAGGCAGCAAAUACUUUAUUUUUUCAUAUGAUUUGAAUAGUGUGUAUAUUUUUACAAUUGAUGUGUAUGUUUGGUAUGCUCAAAGUUGGUACUGCUGCUGAUAUAGGCUGAAUGAAAAAGCAUAAUUACAGAAAGUAUUGCACAAUCUAUAUACCAGCAUGGCACAUAAGGUAUGUGAAUGUAAGAUGCACCGAUUUGAUUAGAAACUGCACAAUGUGCUUAAUUCUUAAAAGCUAUUGACAAAUGGCUUCAGGUGUGUGGUAAUUGUAACAAAAUAGCACAAAAUGAUGUUAAUUUGCUGUUUAAUGAUUUAAAUUAAUAUUAAUAUCAAUUAUUUUAAGUGGCCAUCAACUGAAAUAAACCUCUGCUGUCAUUCUAAAACUGAACUGUCUCUGUAUACACAAGUGCUCAAGGUAAUAAAAUCAACAGUAGUUCUAGUCAUUAAAUUAUGUUAUGACAUCUUGAAGAAAUUCAUAUAUUCUUGCAGGGCUGAAUUAUUUUAAGGUGUCAAGGUUUAUUUGAUUUCUUAUGCUUAUUUUUUAUUAUUGGUUAUUUUCUUUUGAGGGGAUGGGUUCUGUUAUUUUUUUUUGUUUUGUUUUGUGAGUGUAAAUCUAGCCACUUCUACAGGGUAAGACUGGUUUGCAUUAUUUUAAAGGUACAAGUCUAGGUUUCUUUCAUUUUGGAUUAAUUCAAAAUAUAUGUAGUGGCAUGCUGUAUUUUUUACAAAAAGAUUGUAUUGAAGCCAUAUUCUCUUGUGAUUUUGAAACCUUUAUUGUUAAAAAAAAAAAUAAAUAAAUAAAUGCAUUCUCGAAGGGCACCCAAAGAAGGGUACACUGAAGUAGGAUAGAUUUCUCAUCCUAUCACUAGCAGUUAGUUGAAUGAUUUUGAGUCUAAGUUAUUUUUUAAUUAUGACCAGUCUUUCAAGAGUUUUCAAAUGCAUAUUUUAUGCUCAAUUUGACAAAAUUGCAAGUCUCCUUUAUUUGCUUUAUAUGUUAAUGUUACACUUUCAUGUCUGAAUUGGUAUGCCCGAUGUCUGAUUGAUUCUUGAAAAUUUCUGAUUUACUGAGCGUUAAACUAUAUCAUCCUUAGUCCUUAUGCAGAGGUGUGUGAACAUCCAUGCAAACUUGUACAGUACUGAUUUAAAGGUGUGCUUUUUGUCAACUGAGUGAGAAACCUUUUCACUGGACUGCAAGAAAUGUUCAGGCCUUCGCCCUUGUAUACAGUUAGACUUGUAAGUUAUAUGAUUGGUGAAGCUAGGAGCUGCAUGUAUGGUAUGUAAAUGAUGGGGACACAGAAAUAAAGGCUAGUUUGUUAUCUUC